GGGCUUCCAUUCCCCAUGACACAUGAGAAACAGAAAGGGCUCUUCAAGUGCUGGACGGAUGAGAUAGUGGGCAUUGCAUUGCUGGCCGAAGUUAAUCUUCAAUGGUCAGCAGUGCCAAGAGGGCACAAGUGGUUUGAUCGAGUUAAGUCCUUCACUAAUCAGGGACAUUUCUCUUCAGUGUCUUACCAUGAACAUCAGGAGUUUCCAACUCCCUCGGCGCAUCAAUGGGGUGGAUGUUCCGCUACAUUACUCCACAAGGUUGCGCGUCGUGCAAAGUCAGGCGGCAACGACAAGACAGGGCUAGGCAGGUUCUCAUGGAUCAAGAUUCAGGGUAGGGACAUCCGACAACAGGAGUCUCAGACUGAUGGGCCCCUGGCUGGUCCUUUAGAUCUUGUGGUCUCUGCAUAUCGUCCAAACAAGGAGGGUACCAAUGCCGGUAGUGUUUGGAACUCCCAACGGAAUUACUGGCUGAGCAAGGGGGUGACAAUGGAUCCCCGGGACAAGCUCACACUAGAUUUGGUGGACCUGAUCAAUCAAUGGAAAGCAGAAGGGUGUGAGAUUCUCCUUGGGUUAGAUGCAAACGAAGAUGUCUCCUACAACUCCCCCUCUUCCUUCCGCCAAGAGAUGAGGAUUGCAGGCCUGACCAAGGCUAUCUUACGCCGACAUCAGGGCCCUUACCCAGCGACAACCCACACUCGGAUGACGGAUACUCCCAUUGACGGUAUUUUUGUGACUGACGGUGUCUAUGUCACUGCAGGAGGAUACUUGGACUUCCAGCAGUAUUUUAAGUCGGACCACAGGGGACUCUGGAUUGACAUUGACCUGGAAGCGACUCUUGGGGCUUCACCGGUCAACUCCCCCUCCUUCCAACCACCGGAGGAUAUUUCGGUCCAGGAUAGAUACUUGACGGCAAACCAGCGAGAUCGCUUCAACACAAUUCAUUGUCAGGCCUAUGAGAUCCGCCGAAGAGCUGAGCGCAACUGCCGGAAACUGUCAAUGGGUAAAGUUCACUGGUCACCAAAAAUGCAGCUGAAAUGGGAUAGGCUGCACCUCUACCAGCUUUUGAUCUUGGGACAUAAACAGGUCAGGACUGGCUCACGGAAGGUCCGGUGCUUGCUGAAGAAGACAGGGCUGAGUGACGCAUGGAAAUUAUCGGAAGCUGACCUACAGGCAAAGUGGCACCUUGAACACCAAGAAUACAAGGAGGUCAAGCGGAAGCGUGCACAUCAGUGGCGCCUGGAGUACCUGGAGUCCAAAUCAGCAGCAGUCUAG